AAUACUUUGUACUAGAAUAAAGAUCUGACGUAACACGACUUUUCGUUAAGAACACUACAGAAACGUUUGAUAAAUAAUACAAAGACUUGAGAGUAAGGAAGUUUAAAAUAUAGUUAUAGUAUAUUCUCACAAAAUGGCGACAUACAGAUUGACAAGGAGAUUAAACCGGGAACUUUUAGACAUUUCUACAAAUCCUCCACCAGGUAUUUCUGCAGGUCCAAUUAACGAUGACAUGUUGAAUUGGCAGGGCAUAAUAUCAGGACCAGACAGAAGUCCAUACGCUGGAGGGCUAUUUUAUGUAGAAAUACGGUUUCCAGAAGAUUAUCCUUUCAAACCUCCUAAGGUCAAUUUUACAACAAAAAUAUACCAUCUGAAUAUUUAUGUAACUGGAAGUAUCUGUGAAUAUCAUAUGGGGUUACAAUGGUCGCCAGCGGUAACUAUAUCAAAAAUAUUACUGAAUAUAUCAGCGUUGUUAACUUCUCCAAAUCUUGAUUGUCGAUUGAACGGAGAAGCUGCAAACUUAUAUGAAUUAGAUAGAAUAAAAUACAAUGAAACAGCGGCGGAAUGGACACGAAAAUAUGCCAUGUAACAUGGUCAUCAGACAUGUUAUAUAAAUCGUUUUCCUUCAAUCUGUAUUACAUAUCUUACUUUUUGUUUUAGAACUUUUACAAAUUAUGAAUUUUCUGGAUGCAUGAGCGGAAUAUAUUAAUGUUUUGUUUAUUUUUUAAUAAGUAUAUUUGCUUGUUUAUUGUCAUGAAAUAUUAUUUGCAUAUAAAAAAGUUUCAA